CGUGAGUCCCAAAUCCCUUCUACAAUAUUAUCAGAUGUUUUAUUCGAAAUAGAUGAUGAUCUUACUUUUCAAGACCUUUUACAACAAGCUGAUCUUGAGUAUAAAAGUAGUGAGAUUGUUAAGGUUGAAGUUCGUUGUGUGGGAAACAAACAAUACAAUACAGUUGCAUCCGGAGUUAAGAGUAGUUUGGCAUUGUGCCGAAAAGAUGAAAGAAAUGUAUCACAUAUUCGAUUUACCAUUAGUGAUGGAUCUAUUCAAUCAACUAGAUCAACUAGCUCAAACGAUUAUUUAAAUGCAUUUAAUAUCAUGAUGGAACAGUCUAGUAUACGUUCUCUUCCUCCCCCAAAAUCUGGUAAUACCAAACGGGAUAAAUUAUAUAAUGAUAUGUUAUUUAUAUUGCGAGAAAAAAAUUGUGGAUGGUUAAAUGGAAAUGAAACUACUGUAGGGAAGCGAUUUUUAGAAAGUCUUAAUGCUUUGCUUUGGGAACUUGAUGAGCAUCAUCAGAAAUUACAAGAUCGGGGUUGUCAAAUUCCUGAAUUUGUUUUAUCUUUACAUGGAUAUCAGAAUAAACAGUAUUAUAAAAAGGAAUCUCAUCAUAAAAAAGGAAAUUUGCAACGUUCUAAACUAGAUUUAUUAGUAAAAGGCAUUGAAAAUUGUAUAUCUCAACCUUGGGCAGCAAGUGAUUUGUGGAGUGAAUUUAUAAGAGAGGUUUUUAUGUUAAUUUCGUGUGUUCAAAAAUAUAUGGAAUAUCUAGAAAAUGUUAACAGAAGUGUUAAUACAAUUCGUAAUGCUAUGCAACCUGCACGUAAUCCAUUAGAUAAUA